CUAUGUAAGUAUUCACCAGUUAUAUCCGUGUCGUUCGACGGUUUACGUCUAUGUUCACGCAAUAUGGAAGUGCAUUAAUUGUUUUGUUUGACAUUUGCGCUUCUAAAUUAAAUAUAUCGAAAUAAUAAAAAAGAACGCGUACCAGACAGAAGUUUUAAAAAUAUAAUGUUGAAGCACAUUUUUGGUGUAACUACGAUUGUAUUAAUAUGUUUGUCAGGAUCUGAGGCGCAAUAUGAUGAUAAACGGUGCAAAUGCAUUUGUCCUAGUCUUCCAUCCGUUAUAAAUACAACACAAUCGUCGUCAGAACGAAAAACAUAUAUUAUAAAUGUUCCACCUUCUGAAUGUAAAUGUGAAAAUGUUGUAUUAUCAAAAGUGGGAGAUCAGUUGAAAGGUAAAGAAGAAAUUUUUUGUUCACGAUGUGAUUGUAAAUAUGAAAACAGGAAUACUACCAUUAUCAAAAUAGUAGUGAUACUUGUUAUUUGGGUUAUAUCUCUGUUAGUAAUUUAUAUGUUAUUUUUGAUUUGCCUGGAUCCAUUGUUAAAUAAAAGAAUUCAUAAAGCUUCAACAAAUAUUGGCUAUCAUGAACACAAUAAUGAAGAUGAUGAUUCCUCAACAGCUCCUGGAACAUUUCAUGCCAUGGGCGAAAGAGGUAAUGUUUUAAAUCGUGUCGGUCAUCAACAAGAUAAAUGGAAACGUCAAGUUCGUGAACAGAGACGUAACAUUUACGAUCGGCAUACUAUGCUUAAUUAAAGUGUACAAUUCUGUUUAUAGAAGGAAUUAAAUAUAAUAAAUAACAAUACAAAGGCUGUGACAUUUAUUUGAUGGCAUUUACAGUUCUGUAUAUGUAAUUUUUUCAGAGUAUCUUACAUAUAAAUAUGUUUAAUUCCUUAUAUGAAAUGAUAAAAGUAAACAAUUGAGAUAUUUGUAAAUGCUAACAAAUCUGAUUAUGGAUGCUAUAUUGAUAUUACAUCAAAUACAUAACUAGUGAUUUCUAAAUUCUUUGAGUAGUGUAUCAAACAGUAAAGUAUUAAAGUGUAUUAUUUCUAUUGGUAA